AAAUGGAGCAUUUUCCAGCAGUCUGUUGUUUUGGAGGAGAGCCGUUUUUGGAUUUUCAUAGAAACUCUUCAAUUGAUCCUACAGACUGGUCAGCCGACUUGGUUACAGAAACCAACACCACAAGCUUCAUUGAAAAGCUAGCUCAAUUCGGGCUGACUGGCUCAGCGGACUGCCAAUUGUACAACAUAAGCUUCAGCGAUUUAGCUGAUCAGGCAUUAUUUGAUGCCUACAAAGCCAGUUUCAUGUGCAGGUGCCCAUUCGGAUACUUUGGUCAAAGUUGCGAGCUUCACCACCAAAUCGAAAUCCCGCCAAUUUCCUUAGCACUUUCUGCUAAAAAUUCACUUUCCCCACCACCGGACCCAAUGGUUAUGCUUUUGGUAAUUGCUGCAGUUGUUUUGGCUCUCAUGGGAGUUCUUGCCAUGAUGGUCAAAGGAUGCUUCUGCGAUUGUUUUGGCCCGAUGUCCCGGGAGGAUCCAUAUGACAAGCCACUGGACCCGGAAGAUGUCCGCCGCUGUCUGAAAAAAGUUCGGGAAAACCAGGCGGCCAGGGAAAUGGCUCGUGAACCACUAGUCACCCAUUUGCCACCACCCUCCGGGCUCCCACCAAUGGUCUCAGAAUCCUACUCGGCUCCGUAUGCUCAGGCUCCGCCCACAUCUACGGGGUACCCGUCAGCACCACCCAUGCCCCGUCCAUCAUCUCCACCGCCGGCGUACUCUGCAAUUUACAAGCCGCCAAAUAUGACAUCCUCGCAGAUUUAAAUUAUCGAAUUAUCGAUUUUUUCCUGAAUAGACCCAAAGUACUUUGAUGAUCUUCAUUCAACUAGUCAUUCAUUCAUUGAUUGAGAACACGCUUUUUAGAUUUUUUUUUAAUCUCUAAAAUUAUUGAUUUUUUGUGUACGGGUUGUUCUUUUUUCUUUGUAUUGAUUUUUUUAAUUUGUAAAUUUUGAAUAAAAUUGUAUAAAUUUUG